GAGAGUAACGGAACUAGCUUUCACGUGAGCGCGCGAGGCGUAUGUGUUGUAGUUACUUAAUUGUUCACACGUAAUCGAGUCGUGUUUAUAUUUCUCCUAUUCAAAUUAGAGAGAGGGGGAAAAAAAUAAAAUACGAAAAAAAAGCAAAGGGGGGUGCAUUAAGGUAGGCUUGAUUUACUGGCAGUAUUAGUAAAUAUGAUCACGUGAUCCGUGUAACCAAUCCGUGCAGACGCAGGCAAGCAAAAAAUACUAUGAUUGUUCAUAGAGGGGAGCUUCCCCCUUAAGAGUGCGAGUCGUUUUAUUUUGAGUGCUCGCAUCAAAACAAAAAAAUGUCUUCCAGCGGCGCCCUCGCCAGCUGCUACGCUGACGCCGUUCUCGGUCCGGACGCGGAGGACGUGUACGGCUCCCGCUUCAUUCAGCCUCCCCCGCACACGAUGGCCCCCACCAGGCCACCGGGCGCCGGGGAGCACCUCGCUGACUUCUCCUCCUGCAAUUUCGCUCCCAAAUCCACCGUCUUCCCCCCGUCGUGGCCGCCGGUUCAUCCGCAGGGGCUCUACCACCACCCGUACGCGCACCAGUCCGACCCAAGAUGCGUUGGGGCGCGACCCUGGAUGGACCCGGUCCCCGACCUCGUCCCCCGCUUCGCCGGAUUCCCCCCCGGCCGACGCGCGCCCUGUGCUCCGAAGCCGGAGCGUUCCCCGCCGAAGAUCCGCGACGCCAAGCCGGGCCAGGAGCCUCGAAGUCGGCCUUUUGUCGAGGAUGUCCCCGAAGGUCCGGAGAGGGCGCAGAGUGGAAGUGAACUUUCCAGCCACAGCGAGCCCAAAGAGGAGAAACAAGUUGACCCAAGCAACCCGGCAGCGAACUGGAUCCACGCACGCUCCAGUCGGAAGAAGCGCUGUCCCUACACCAAAUAUCAGACUCUAGAGCUGGAGAAGGAGUUCCUGUACAACAUGUACCUGAGCCGGGACCGGCGCUACGAGGUGGCCCGCAUCCUAAGCCUGAGCGAGAGGCAAGUCAAGAUCUGGUUCCAGAACCGCAGGAUGAAAAUGAAGAAGAUGAACCGAGAGAGAGGCGGAAAGGAGCAGCUAUCCGCCCCAAGAGGCGUUGGGGCGCGACCCUGGAUGGACCCGGUCCCCGACCUCGUCCCCCGCUUCGCCGGAUUCCCCCCCGGCCGACGCGCGCCCUGUGCUCCGAAGCCGGAGCGUUCCCCGCCGAAGAUCCGCGACGCCAAGCCGGGCCAGGAGCCUCGAAGUCGGCCUUUUGUCGAGGAUGUCCCCGAAGGUCCGGAGAGGGCGCAGAGUGGAAGUGAACUUUCCAGCCACAGCGAGCCCAAAGAGGAGAAACAAGUUGACCCAAGCAACCCGGCAGCGAACUGGAUCCACGCACGCUCCAGUCGGAAGAAGCGCUGUCCCUACACCAAAUAUCAGACUCUAGAGCUGGAGAAGGAGUUCCUGUACAACAUGUACCUGAGCCGGGACCGGCGCUACGAGGUGGCCCGCAUCCUAAGCCUGAGCGAGAGGCAAGUCAAGAUCUGGUUCCAGAACCGCAGGAUGAAAAUGAAGAAGAUGAACCGAGAGAGAGGCGGAAAGGAGCAGCUAUAGGAUUGCACUCAGGACAAGUUUGGAUUUUUAUUUUGAAAAAAAAAAAACACAAUUUCUAUGAUUUGAUUUCAAGGCACCCAAGAGACACUGUGGAUCACGUUCCAGCGAAGCCAUCAUUUCUCACUUGAUCUUUUUUUUUUUUUUUUUGCAAUUGAAUAAGGUGACAAAAAGGGACGCGAGUGUGUGUGUGUUUACGUGUGGCCUAUAUUUGCUUUUAGUUGUAUAUAAAGAUUUUUCACCGUU